AAAAAGAAAAUCGAAAUAGUAACAAAGAGAAUUGGAUAAAAAAAAUUAAAAAAAAAAAAAGGAAAAAACAAGACUCUGAAGAAGACAACGUUGUUUCGAAGGUGGGAAAAAGCAGGGUUUUGUUGUGAAAAAAUACAGAAAGACAAAGAAGAGAAACAGUAUUUCUGAAUACAGAUUUAGACACCCAUUUAUGAAAAUUCAAACAAGAUAAGGAAUUUCUUUGCUUAAAGAGAACACUGGGUGUCUGAAAAACAUAGCAAAAUUUAAGCUUUUUGGGAUUUCAAAGUGCAAACCCAGUUAGGGUUUUCUUCCAUUUUCUGACCAAGGUUGACAUUACUGCCAUUUAUUUAUAGGGAUUUUAGAAGUUUCAGUUUUUUCGCAAGUUUCCAGCUUGAUCAAAGGGGCAUGAGAGUCCGGGGAAGCUUGCUGGAAAUUCUUCUGCGUUAGCAUUAUCUUUUCCAGAUAUGAAGGACAUUGUAGUAUCAUGUUACCAGAGUCACUUUGCUUCUUGGGAGUCCUAACUUGUGAGCUAAUAAUAAAUUAUGACACUCGAGGAUUUUUUCACCCUGACUGAGAUGAGUAAUGGGCUUACAGCUCCUGCUCGAGUUCAGGAUCUAGUAUCUAUUAUGCAGAAAGAAGUUUGCGUUGUCAAGAAUGCUGGUGAAGUAACAAGGCAAUGGUCUGCUGUUGCUAGCGCAAUCGCUGCAACUGAGAAUAAAGAGUGUCUUGAACUCUUUAUCCAGCUAGAUGGACUCUGCUUUAUUGAUAGUUGGUUAAAGGAUGCUCAGAAUUUUGUUAAUGAGACGAGUGACAACGUGGAAGAGUUGAUCACUCGGUUACUGGUAGCGGUUGAAAGGCUUCAUGUAGACUUUGAGAAAUCAGUUUCUUCUGGAAUCAGGGUUACUGUGAAAAGCCUCCUUGACCAUGAGAGCUCUAAGGUGCAACAGAGGGCUCGUGCACUGUUUGAUAUUUGGGAGAGAGAAAAAAAUAAUGAUGCAGUUUCAGUCGGUUGUGAAAAACCACAGACAAUAGUUGAUGAUGGGACGAGAGUAAUUGAAAACGUCGUCAGAGAAAAUGAACAGUCAGAACCUUCUCCGGAGAACGCCUCUCUUUCUGGAGGGGGUUCUGGAGAGAAGUGUGAGGAAAAUGUUGGCAAUAAUAUUAUGCUAUCUUCAAGGUCUGAUGUUGGUAAUUCUUCUGGGGUUGACGAUACCAAGACAUCUGACCAAAAUUUGGAGAAUUCAACGGUGAAGGAUGGGCAUCAGCUGUCUCCUCUAUUAAAGCCUGUUGGUGAAGAUCAGAAGGUAGAACCCUCAACAUAUCAUGCAGAGACGAUCAGUGCAGUUGAUACGUGCAGUUCUGCAAGUUUAUCACAUGGUGCUCUUGAUAGGCAGACAGGGGUUCCCGUUUUGGAGUCUGUUAAUUGUGCAAACCACACUCAAGAAGGAAGAAGUUCUGAGAAGUUAGACUCGGCGUCGUCAAAACCAUUGGAGGAGAAAACUAGUUCUUCAGGUACUGAUGCAGGAGACGCUUCAGAUGCUGGCAAUGGUUCAGAUUUACAAAGACAAACUGAUAUCAGGGAUGAAGUUAGCUGCAGAGGAAAAUCGCCUUCUGAUGAUGCAUCGGUGGUGAUUUCCGAAGGAAAGACAUUGAUGGAUGAUAGCAGCAGACCUACAAAUCAUAGUAGAAGUUCCAUGGUGCUUGGUGCUAAAGACAGAAAAUACAACAUUGACAGAUUGCACAACUCCUCCAGCGAGCAUAGUCUGGAAUGUCCCAAAGAUUUAGGAACUAUUUUGUCAAAGGUAGAUCUCAUUAAUGGGGAUGACAAGCAGGUCACUGAUGAAAGUGAAGAUGAUUCGGAAAGUGACUCUGAAUUUGGAGAACCACGAACAGUUAGUAAAGACUCUGGUGUGUUUGGUAAGAAAUGUGAUAUUGAAUUCGAUUAUGGCAUGAUAGAUCCUCUGGAAGUUGCUCGACAAGUUGCCAUUGAGGUGGAGAGAGAAGUUCAGAGUUGCAGUUCUGAGAAAAUACAGGAAAGUAAAAUUCAUGAGCCUGAUAGCCCUGAUUCUAUGAGUGCAAAAGAAUGCCAAAAAGUUGAGAGCUCUAAGAAGCAAGUACUAAGAGGAAUGGCUCUUUUGACGGAGGCUUCAAUUACAAACUCUCAAGCUGGACCUAAAAAUGAAAAAGUAAAGGCGGAAUCCUUUCAGGGUACUGAUCUUGACGCCAAUGCUGAGAAGGGCCAGUGUGAUUUUGAUCUGAAUCUAGAGGUUUGCUCAGACGAUAUAGAUCAUGUUGAAGAUCCCAUAUCUACCUGCAUCUCUGUUGUUUCUGCUUCGAAGGCAACAGCUGCCCCUGGGAUGCCUGUUGCUCCAUUGGAAUUUGAAGGGGCUCUUGGAUGGAAAGGAUCCGCUUCAACCAGUGCAUUUCGGCCAGCAUCACCUCGCCGGGUUCCUGAAAGUGCCAAGGCUGUUUUCUCUGGUGGGAGUGGGAAUGACAGCAGCAAAAAGCAACAGCAAGGUUGGCUUGAUAUUGAUCUUAAUGUAGCUGAAGGUGGAAAUGACAAAUCUGCAGAACUUUUCACUGUCAAACUUCCGUUACCAUCUGCGCUUCCUUCAGGGGAAUCUUCCGUUGAAGCUAGCUCCAGAAAAUCAGAAAGAGUGGAGUUGGAUCUCAACUGUGCAAGUGAGGAGGGUGAGGCACCAUCAGAUUGGCGCAUGGAGGGAAGGCUUUUCUCGGAUAGGAAUGGCCAUUGGAGUCAAUCUCCAUCAUCAUCAUCGUCAUCCAAGCAUCUUUCAUCGCGGAACUUUGAUCUAAAUGACCAACCCUCGUUUCUCAACAAUUCUUCAGAUCUAUCCUACUUCAAGAAACCAUCUCAAAAUAUUAGCGCAUCCGGAGGUAUAAAAUCGGGUAAUUCUGUAGUAUCCAUUAUGGGCAUGAAGGUAGAGGUCAAGCGUGAAGAUGCUCCUCAAUUCUUUCCAUUCCCAAAUGGCAGGACAGCAGAAAAUACAGUUGAUCUUAAUGUUGCAAGAAGUGGAGGUGUCUUGGGAAUGGGACCUCCAUUUCUAUAUACCCCUUCUCCCGCCUUUGGUUACAAUGGCAUUGCACCAGGUCCUCCCAUUCCGUUCUCCUCAGCAAUGUAUGGACCUGGUGGCCCUAUUCCUUACAUGGUGGAUUCGCGAGGUGCGCCUAUGGUACCUCAACUUGUUGGCUCUGCUUCAGCAAUACCACCAUCAUUCGCUCAGCAUCCAUUCAUUAUAAGCAUGUCUGGUGCACCUUUUUCCAAUGGGGUCGGGCCACAACGGAGUAGUCUGGAUCUCAACACCGGCUUGAUACUUGAGGGAGGAAAUAGAGACCUCGGAGGUCUGAGGCAGUUUUUCACACAAGGACAGGCCAGGUCGAUGGAUGAACACUUAAGGACCAGCUCACAACCCUCAACCAGUUCACUUGCUGGUGAGAAACGCAAAGAACCGGAUGGUGGUUGGGAGCCUUACCCUUUUAAACUUCAUCCACCGUCGUGGAAGUAAACUUAAUGUAUCAUGUUUUUCUCUAAUGGGGAUCAGUGUCUUUAUAGCAAUAGGUAAAUUCAAGGCAGGAGGAGAGCCUUAUUGAUUUUGUGGUUAGGGGCAUAAUAUAGCUGAAUAAAGACAUGAUUUCUGAAUGUAAUAUGCUUCUUGAGAUGACUUGGCCAAAGAAGAGCAGAUGCUAGGUUUCGUUGUUUCCAAAUGUUGUUUAACUUGUUAUUCUCGUCCAGUUUCAUAGAUUAUUGCUACCACAGAAAACUUACAUGUAACUGUAAUCUCUCAAUUACACCAUAGAAAUUUAGAAGAA